AUGGGUAUCGAUCUCGACCGCCACCACGUCAAGGGCACGCACCGCAAGGCACCCAAGAGCGACAAUGUCUACCUCAAGCUCCUCGUGAAGCUCUACCGCUUCUUGGCUCGCCGUACCGACUCUGCCUUCAACAAGGUCGUCCUGCGCCGCCUGUUUAUGUCCAAGAUCAACCGUCCCCCGGUCUCUCUGUCCCGCAUCGUUUCCAACAUCAGCGAGGACGAGAAGCGCACCGUUGUUGUUGUGGGCACCAUCACCGACGACAACCGUCUCCUCAAGUUCCCCAAGGUCACCGUGGCUGCUCUGCGCUUCACCGCCACCGCCCGUGCCCGCAUCCUGGCCGCCGGUGGUGAGGCCAUCACCCUCGACCAGCUGGCCCUCCGUGCCCCGACUGGUGCCAACACCCUGAUCCUCCGUGGUCCCAAGAACGCCCGUGAGGCCGUCCGCCACUUCGGCUUCGGUCCCCACAGCCACAAGAAGCCUUACGUCCAGUCCAAGGGCCGCAAGUUCGAGCGUGCCCGUGGUCGCAGAAGGUCGCGCGGUUUCAAGGUCUAA